AUGAGUGAAGAUAGUGAUAUCUCCUCCCCCCAUAGAUCACACAUUAGUUCAAGCAGUCCAGGCACACAACCAAUUGCUACUUCCACCCCUAAUCCCAAAAAUAAGCGUCAUCCUCCAAAGGCAAACAAAAAACUUAAAGAAUGUGAAAGGUUGUGCGUCUUAAACAUAAAUUGCCGCUCUAUUAAAAAUAAAAUACCAGAUUUACAACAGGUAAUAUCCCAAGUCAAACCUGACAUUAUUUGCUGUACUGAAACAUGGCUAAAACCUGAAAUAUCAACAGCUGAAAUUUUUCCUGACUUCUUAAACUUCCAGGUAUAUAGGGAUGAUAGACUAGAGGGCAAAGGUGGGGGAACCCUCGUUGCUAUAUCGAAAUCCAUCCUAAGCCAGGAACAACCUGAUCCGAAAUCAAAAUAUAAUUCAGUUUGGGCCAAAAUGUCCCUUAAAGGUUUUAAGGACAUCUAUAUCUCUUCCUUCUAUAAACCUAACGAGAAGGAUGAGAUACCCCUCAAUGAACUUUGGUCUUCCAUAAAAAAGAUCCCCAAAAAUAGUAUUGUCUGGGUGCUUGGGGACUUCAAUAUGUCAAGCAUCGACUGGUCAACAGAAUCCCUGACAGAAGGUUGUAAGUUCCCAAACAUAUACACUUCUUUCCUUGAAAAUCUCAUUAACUUAAACCUACAGCAAAUGGUCAACAUCCCUACCAGAGGUAACAACGUCCUUGACCUGUUCCUCACAAACAUGCCUUCCCACGUACAUAGUACAAAAACCCUACCUCCCUUAGGCUCCUCAGAUCAUGACAUAGUCUUUCAUGAAAUCAAAAUUAACAGAGGGCGUCCACUUCAAACAAAGAGGGAAAUCCAAUGUUAUAAUAAGGCAAACUGGAAUUGUUUAAAAAAUGACGUAAGUAAAUAUGCCAAGGUCUACAGUGAAACACACUACACUGAUCCCAACAAAGCCUGGAUUUCCUUCAAGGACGAACUAAACCACCUUUGUUCUAUUCACAUACCAACUAAAGUCACUAAAACACGUCGAGAUCUACCAUGUAAUAAAACUGAAAGCUGUGGUGUGGCACCCCUCAAAUCAGAAGGUCAAACAUUUACUGAUCCAGUCGCAAAAGCAGAUAUCCUUAACUCCCAGUUUGAGUCUGUCUUCUCUCGGCCUCAGCCCCUUAGCUUAUCCCAGGCUUGCAAACAGAAACACCACCCAUCUAUGCCAGAAGUAUCUAUAUCGGAAGAUGGUGUGAAGAAACUUUUAAAAGACCUAAACCCAAAUAAAGCUUCUGGUCCUGACCAAAUAUCCCCUAGGUUAUUAAAAGAGCUCCAUCGAGAGGUUACUCCCAUACUGACCCACAUCUUCCAGAUCUCACUUAAAACAGGUAUUGUCCCAGAAGACUGGAAGCAUGCAAUUUCUUGCCUCAGUUUUCAAAAAAGGCUCAUUUUAAUGCAAACCCAGCAAUUAUAUAUAGACCAAUCUCCCUCACAUGCAUAG